AGGUCUGGAGAUCCCUUGAAGCUGUUAUGCCCACAGCACUUUUUUUUCUCCUUUCACGUUGAUAGGUUGCUGCGUUCCGGAAAGUUCCUCAGGCUAACGGAAGGUUUCGAGUGCUAAGGAGCUAAUGAUGAAUAGCAUAAAGACAAAUGGCCUGGGACGUUUAUUCAAGCAGUUGAAAAGUGCCUGGAGUUCACCUGCAGUGCCAGCACGAAGCUGCAGCUUGGCCACCUGCACUCCCAAAAACAGGAAUGAUGCACUGCAUCCCCUUUGGCAGAGCCCACUUACCAUUCCCGGGGGCACUCGGCAGUCUCCUAUCAACAUCCAGUGGAGGGACAGCGUCUACGACCCCGUCCUGAAGCCUCUGAAGAUCAGCUACGACCCAGCGACGUGUCUUCACAUCUGGAACAACGGGUAUUCCUUCCUGGUGGAGUUUGAUGAUUCUGCUGAUAGAUCGAUAAUCGUUGGAGGUCCCUUGGAAAACCAGUACAGAUUGAAGCAGUUCCAUUUCCACUGGGGAGCCAUCAACGAGUGGGGAUCAGAACACACAGUUGACAGUAAAUUCUACCCAGCAGAGCUGCAUUUAGUACAUUGGAAUGCUGUGGUGUACCCAACUUUUGAAGAAGCUGUGAUGGAAGGUGAUGGCUUGGCUGUAAUUGGAGUGUUUUUGAAGCUAGGAGCACAUCACGAAGGGCUGCAGACGUUGGUGGAUGCUUUGCCAGCAAUUAAACACAAGGACACCGUUAUUGAGUUUGAUGUCUUUGACCCCUCCUGCCUGUUACCUCCAUGCCCUGAUUACUGGACGUAUGCGGGCUCUUUGACCACUCCCCCACUUACUGAAUCAGUCACGUGGAUUAUUAAGAAGCAGCCAAUAGAGGUCGAUGAGAAUCAGCUGGAGGCAUUUCGGAUGCUGCUCUUUACUUCAGAUGGUGAGGAAGAGAAGAGGAUGGUGGACAACUUUCGCCCUCUUCAGCCACUAAUGAACAGAACCGUCCGCUCAUCCUUCCAGAUCAGGCAGCUCUUGGAUAUUGAAGCACAGUACUCAGACCAUGCUCAGCAGAUCAGACCGUAGAUGGCCCAUGGAACAUCAGUCCAGAUUGUAGUAACUGGGUUUACUUUACUCUGUAAUGAUUUCUCCUUUUUGCAGGAUGUUUAUGCCAUGCACUUUCACGGACAGCUAGUUUCAGUUCUAAGAGUCAAUUGAGCUUCAGUAGAGAGGCUGUGUGUAUUUCAGUUUGGUUUUUUUAUACAAACUCUUAACAAAUUGCUCACUUAAAAGCAGGGAUUAAUAAGGAACUAUUCUGAGAGGGAAAGUAAAGGGAAAGUAGGGCAGGAGAUCUUUCCUCUUUCUGUCUUCUGAGUUGCUCUGCGUAUCUUCAAAACUCCUCCAGCGAUUUGCUUCAGUUCAUAGUCCCAACAUGUUAACAAGCAGGAGGUGUGAAGAGGUGAAGUCUAUUAAGGUCCUUUGUGGGAUUUCUUUGGAGGUUUGGGGCUAGAACUGUCUUCUGCAGUCACACAUGCAGAGAUAUGUUUCAACUUCGUCCUUUUUUCAAAACAACAGCAAAUGGCACAUGGGAUGAUGAGAAGAGAAGGAAAGAAAAAAGCAUUGCCUGUGUGAGCCAUGUUUAUAAUGGAUGCCACAGUAUGUCUGCCUUACCUAUACUGCAAACCAGAGGGCUUUCCAAAACCUUACAGGGAAUGUAGAAUGGGAUUUGCAGACAGCUCUUGGUUUUGAAACCUGAUAGAGUAGUAGAUGAGUGUGGACAAAACGCAGUGGGUUUUUUUUCCCCAGCAAUUUCUAGAGCACCAGUGCAAUCAUCCCCAUGUUUUGUCUUCAGCUGAACUUCUAUUCUUGAGAGUUACCCACCCUCAUGGUUACAGGGGACCACGUUGUUCUAUACAGCACCUUAUGGUAACAAAGACCAGUGGUGGUUGGAACUCAGUUGUGGACCAGGCAAAACUGCUGAAGCUCCCAGCUGUGGAGCUUAUGCUGAAGUUAUGGUCCAAUUGCCACAAGCAGUGCCUACCUCUGAAGUAUGCUAUUAGCUAUAACUUUCUCUGAUGCACCUUCCUGAUUGAUUUCUUAUGCUUUGCUGUACUUAACAGUGUGCAUGUGCAUGAACAUGCAUACAGUGUGAGCUCAUUUUCUGAUGGGGAGCAGUUCUGGUUGUAUACUCAUGCAGCGAUCUUCAUGGAGUCAUAGAAUGGCUUGGGUUGGAAGGGGUCUCAAGGAUCGUGAAGCUCCAACCCUCCCCUGCUGCAUGCAGGGCUGCCAACAUCCAUAUCCAAUACUAGACCAGGCUGCCCAAUCUUGAUUGAUUGUAUUUCAUGUAUAUUUUUGGAGGAUGCAUUCCUGGAUCCUCUCCUGCCAUUGAGCAGUCAGUGGUUGCUGGUGUCGUUCAGUACUAAUGAUGCCAGGAGACCAACUUGUCAGUGACAAAUUCACAUCUUUGGAACCAAUGCUUUCCCAUUCCAAGUGUUCACUUUAAAAGCACUUUAACCCUUUAUAGCGUGACCCUAAUAAUUUUAAAUCAAUCUGAAUAUUUUUGCCUAGCCAAUUAAAUCUGUGCCUUUGCUUCCUUAAUAGCUCUACCUCAGACGUCUGUUACAUUUCAGCAGUUGUGCCUUUCUCUGCUAAUGUGGCUGCUUAAUAUUAGGGUGACUAUGCAGGAAAUCUAAGAGAAGCUCCAUAGGCUUCUGCUCCCUGUGUGAUGUAUAUACAUCUUUAUAAUCCAUUCCAAGUGGCAGUACGUAUCUUUUGGUUUCAUCCCUUCCCAAGCCCUUACAGCUCAGUUGAAUUAUACCAUGCAUGACUUUGCCAGAUUUUGUUACAUUUCUACUCUGCAGAGCCACCUCAGUGAUAGUUUUGCCAGAGAAUGGCAGGUCCUGAAAAUCAUUUUGAAAGGGACGUCAGCAGGUCUGGCAAUAGGAAGAGAUUUCUUUUACUUUGUGCCUGAGCGCACUCAAUCUUCAUUGUGGAACUUGCUUUCCAUCGUUAGCAAUUAGGGAAAACCCUGUAAUACAGUCAUCAUAAUGUUGUCUUUGCACUUAGCAAUGCAGGUGGCUCAGUGGAACUAAGCUGGAUGGAGGCAUCAACCAAAGUAUCUAAAACUGCUGCCUUAAGUAUGGACAUGGGUAUGGCAAAGAGGACUGAAAUAGGCUCUGUGAGAUCAGGGAGAAGCCAACUGUUUGCUUUACCGAUGGAAGAAGGCUGUUAGGGUUACAGAGGGAACAACUUGGCUUAAUUUGGGUCAGUUUGAAUUACCAGCUGAAAAGAGCAAUGGGAAAAUAACCUCCUUACAGCUGCAAGUUAAGGCAGCAUCUCUGAAUUGUUGUAUAAGCUCUGGUUAGGAAAUAUCUUCCCGUGGUUAUUGAAGUCCUUUAAAACAAGCAAACUCUUGCUACCCUAAGUGAAUGGGCCUGUAGAAAAGCUUUAUGCAAUUGCUCAGAGUAUUUUAGUUGCCUUGGUAACUUACCCUGAGGUUUUGUGUGCCUCUGAUCCACCGAGCUCAUUUCACCAGCUAACGUUGCUUCCCUGCAUAUGCAAAUACACAAUACACGUUUUGUUCUUAGGGGAUUGCCGUGCUGUUAGUGUUGUAUCUUCUACAUCAAGUUGCAUCUAAGCAUCCUGACAUAAAAUCUAUUUCAGUUUCAGUGCUGAGUUUCAUAUAUAUGUGUGAAUACACAGAUAUAUACACAUACGUGUGUAAACAGGGUCAGAAGAGAAGAAAUUAACUGGAGUGUGCUAAAACAAGCAAGGUUUACAGGGAUUUGCUAUUACAGUUGUGCUGCUUUCAGGAUACCUGCUGCGUCUCCAUGUCAGUGUCUUAGCAUCUCUGGUUCCAAUGGCAUCCCAGUUGCAGGGCAGGCUCUGGUUGAAAUUAACAGGCUGGAAAUGAAAGUGGGUCUUUUUUGCUUGUUUUUUUUUUUUUUUAAGUUUUUUGUUUGGUUUCUCAGCUAAUUUAGUUAAUGUCUGUAAUGACUUUGCACAACUGACUUAAACUGUAUUUGGAAGGUGUCUGCGUAGGGAUUUUGAGGCUCUUUUAGACGGUACAAUAGAGAAGGGGCAGAACAGACAUUGUUUGUCCUUGCACCUCAUUGCUUCUGUUAAUGAAUACUGUUCUGAGAGCCAUUCCUGUGGCAGUCAGCGCUAUGAAUGGAAUGUUGUAGUGGAACUCAUUUUGGGGAUGGUUUAAUGAAGUGGGGGUAGAAGUUCCCAAACGCGUGCUGUAACACAAGUUAUGUGCCUAACCACUGACAUGAUUGCCUUUGUGGACAACAUACAUAACCAGAAGUGCCUUUUAUACUCAGCAUACAGACAUUUCUCUUCAAUUUUGAUGUAAAGAAACUUCUAGCUGCUGUAUUUUUUAGCUGUUAAACUCGUGUGCGACCAUGCAAUAAAAAAGCACAGCAA